UGUGUGCUUGGUGCUCAGUGUUUAUGUGUAUGGGGUUUUUCCCUCAAUCAAAUUGCCUUGUUCAACUUUUUUUUUUUACAGCAGACUUAUGUUAAGGCUACUAGAAGAAGCCUUUAAAAAUUCAAAAUAAGCCAAAAGAUUGCCAGUGCAGUCCUUCUAGAUGCUUCUGCCUACCCUUUAGGCAAACUCUGUCUGGGGUUUGAGGUGAGGUCUGUGUGUGUGUGUGUGUGUGUGAGAGAGAGAGAGAGAGAGAGACAGACAGACAUAUAAUUCAUUUUAUCUGGAGAGCACUUUACAGACGCAAUACAUUGGAGCCUCUUUAGUGUGUGCAGGAAAUACAGCUCAUUUUAACCUGCUACCCGUGUAUUGUUUCUUGAUAUUUUCCCGUGCCCACUUUUUAAAUACCCGCUCCUGAUAAAACACCACAAUAUAUGAGCACUGUCGCAUAGGAAUGGAGGAAUAGAAAGAAAACAAGCUGAGCGUUUGGCGCCAAAUCAGGUAGCGUGACGGAUACAGCAGAGAGGGGCUGGACGGGCUUCAUCGAGUGUCUAACGUCUCCAUGGCGACUGUUGAAGAAACAGCAUGGCGACUGAGGAGAAGGAAGGAGCUGCUGCGGAGUCUGUGAUAGCAGAUAUCCAGAAGAAGAUUACUGAUGCUUUUGAGGUGUUUGACCAUGAGUGUAAUAAAACUGUGGAUGUCAGGGAAAUUGGCACAAUCAUUAGGUCAUUAGGCUGCUGCCCUAGUGAGGGGGAGCUACAUGAUAUGAUUGCAGAGGUAGAAGAAGAAGAACCAACUGGGUUUAUUCGUUUGGAAAAAUUUCUUCCUAUGAUGACUAGAGUAUUGAUGGAAAGAAGGUACCGGCCAAUUCCAGAAGAUAUUCUUUUAUGUGCAUUUGAGGUUUUAGACCAGAAUAAAUGUGGACAUCUUACUAAAGAUGAGUUGGUUAAGUAUAUGACUGAAGAAGGUGAGCCUUUUACACAGGAAGAAAUGGAGGAAAUGCUCUCUGCUGCUGUAGAUCCAGAAACAAAUACUGUUCGAUACAAAGACUACAUUUCCAUGAUGGUUGUGGAUGAAACUUAAGCACUUCUUGUGUAAUUCAUAGGUCUGAACUUUUUGCUUGAGAUUUGUGAAUUAAUUUCAUUUGAGUUGCUCUUUAUUUGCCAUGGGAUUGCAGCAGAGGGUUAUGCUGAAAUAAUUUAUAGGAAUAUCGUCUUUUUAUACGCUUAGUUAAAUACAAAGUUUCUAAAAAGAUAGUUUUAAAAUGUCAGUCUGUUUGGGUAAGAGAAAAUAAGCAAAAUUCAGAUUAUGCAGAGGAAACACAGUACAAUUCUAUAUAUGUGACUAACAAGUCUGAGUUGAACCGGGCUUAUUCUCAGGUAAUUGGAUAGUUAAUAGGGAGUAAGUCCCAUUGAGCACAGCAACUUAUUUCCAAGUAAGCAUGCAUAGGAUUACACUACUAAAUAAUGAUUUUGAGGGGCAAAAUAGAAAUAAUUUCAUAAAUGAAUUCAGAUGUAGACAAACUAGGUAAAGUAGGACUUUAAAGCACAAGGAAAUAAGCAAAGAAGUUACAAUAUAACUAACAGUUUGAAGGAAACUAUUAGAAAUCAAAGUUUAUAUUUAAAAUUGAUCCUUAUUUUUUGUCUGGAUAGACAUGAAUUUGUCAAAUACUGUGUUUAUAGCAAAAUUCUCUAAAACAAGAUGACUUUGAUCAGACUUCCUUAAGGAAGUUAUGCACGUAGUCAAACUCAGCCUAGUUGUUUGUUGAUGCUUGAAAUCUGGGGUGGAGCUGUUAUUGAAAGGAUUUCUGUAACUAAAAGCAGAGCGCUGGUGAGGGCUCUUGAGAACAAUCUUUUUCCAUUGUCCUAAUAAAAGCAGUU